GUUCUCCCCGCGUAGUCUGCCAUCAACACACCAUGGUAUGGAAGGAGACGUGCUGGACGCUGUCCAUGCUCUUGCUGCGUCGGGAGCGGACCACGGAAGAGAAGAUCGCCUGGAGGCUCCAGAAGGAGAAAAUCGUCAAGGGUGGUUCGCGACUCCUUCGCUGGCUGAUCGUCAUCGACAUCAUGCUGUUCGGCUUGUGGGUGGUGUCACCGCGGAUUCCUGUCGACACGAACGCUGAUCUGGCCGGACAAGUGGCAUCAGAGCGAAGGAUGGAUCAGCACUACGCAGGGCAGAUGUACGGACCGGAUGGAUACAACGAAGGCGGUGAAGCAGAACAGCACGACGUCUAUCAUCAUGCCGAUCAUAACCGAUACAGUGAUGUAGAUGUAGGCCAAGACGACGCUGUCCAACCGGGUGUUCAUAAGUCAGGUGGUGAUAGAAGCGGCGCAAGGGGACAAUGCCACAGUGACAGUGAAACAAAGUUUACAACGGGAGACGGCUGCCCAGACUCGAAGAAGUGCGCCAAAUGCUGUCCUUGCAAGUGUCCGGGCCUUGACGGUGGUACUGACUGGAAAGCGAGAAAAGGCGCUUCCCAAAGCGCAUCUAAGCCGGAACCUGAGCGGCGGGCUCGCAGCAAGCGCCUCACUGGCACCUGCAAAGAAAGGAACGUGCUACAGCAGCCAAUUCCGAGAGAUGCCCGGGCACGCUAUUUCAUGGAGCACAUGUACAAGCCAACGGAUGCUGACAGCUUCGUUUCGGCAGACGCUGUGCUCCACGUCGGGGUGCCGCUGGCUGCAGUCUUUUCUGGACGAGGGCGGCUUGCCCAGGAAGGAAGCCGCACGCAGGAACUUGCCCUGUACCAACUUCUACCGUCACGUUUGCGACGCCAAAACGCGCUCGCCGUACAAGCUGGGCACAGAAAAGUUGAUGGAGAGCAUGCGUCGCAUCCUGAGCCGUCACAAGGCGCAGGAAGGCCGUCUGCCAGUAAACUCCGACUCACUGUUCAAGCGCUGCAUGGAAGGUGUGGAUCUCAUGAUCAAGGACCACAUCAGAUACGACUGGGACGAGAAGAAGCUAGAUGGUUGUACCUACAACAUGCCCAAAACACCGGUGACCCUCUCCGACAGAUUCUUCAAGUCGGGACGCCGCCGUACGAUGCCAGAGUUCUUCGAUUACAUCAAAGGCCUGACGAACAAUCUCAGCCUCGACGACUCUACAGUACCCGCGAAAGGCUUCUUCACCCGUGAGUGGAUUCCGGCCGCUUGCCAAUGGGUCGCUCGCGCCGCCCGAUGCCACUACGCCUUAGACUUGGGAAUGGAGACGGGCGAACAUCUGGCACGAUACCAGCUCUACUGGAAGGUCAUCUACUUCUCGCCCCUUCUUGGUCCUAUGACGAAUCGAAUCUUCGAGGCCGUGUUCGACGAACCACCGAAGGCCCGCGUUCAAGCAUGCUUCAAUCUGAUGGAAGAUCAUUAUAUUACCAAUACCACAAAGACGGCGCGCCGGGCUCUGAAGGGCGCCAUACGACGGCCCCACGACGUCCUCUCGCGCGUUUCUUGGCUGCUUCGCUGGGCGUUGAGGGACCGCGUGCCGAGGUGGCUAUCACGUCGCAACAGGCAAGGCUAA